AUGGUGUCUUCUGCACAUAUCGUCGGCUCCAUUGCAGCCCUCACCCUGAUCUACUUCGUGAUAUACCCCGUCGCAUGGUAUGUCUGGGAUCCGUGGAAGCUCCGCAGAUUCCCAGCACCCAGUUUCCUCGCCCCCAUCAGCCCCAUCUGGCUGAUGAGCAUCAACGUUGGCGAGAAGCGAUCCUACCGAGUCCAUGAAGCUCAUCAAAGGCUUGGUCCUAUCAUCCGAGUCAGCCCUAAUAUGGUCUACUUCAACGAACCGCAGGCCGUCAACGAUAUCUACGGCCACAAAGCUGCGUCGAAGAUGAUCAAGGAUAAAUUCUACGACCGGCUCGCGGGAGACUAUCAUGACAUCGUGCAGGAACGGGACCGCGGCGAGCAUUCGCGGAGGAGGAAGUACCUCGCCCAUGCCUUUGCGUUGAAGACGGUUGUUGAGAUGGGGCCUGUUAUUCGGGCUAAUGCGAUGAAUCUCACUGCGAGGAUUGAGGGCUUUAUUGAUGAUAUGGCUGGCCACACUGGAGGCUCCAGCGAGACCUUCAAUGUCCGAGCAUGGCUCAACAAGUAA